AUGGAUGUGGAUAUUGUUGUUAUUCUCAAAAGAAAGCCAAUUUUGAAUCCCUUUCUACUACCUGACGACUUUGGGAUUUUUAAUGUUGGUUUUACUGAAAGAGAUCGUUGGGGAGUGAUAUACAAGACAAAGGAGGAUAAGAUAGUGAAAAAUUGCAUGUUGUUCUUGCGAGAUAAGCAUAUGUACUCUAUUGCUUCAUUAAAUCGAACUCUUGAAAGAUUUGAGGCCUACAAGUCAAACAGUGUAGCAUAUGUGAAAUGCGUUUCUGAUAUGAUUAAUUGGUGGAUAGUUGUUUGGAGGACCUUGUUGAAAACUAAUUCCUAA